AUGGUUAAUAUUAACGUCGAUAUUUCCGAGUACGAAUUGACAUACGGAUGCAUACCUACACCGUUCGUGCCGGAAAUGCAAAUCGUCAUUACGAAAUUCAUCGCAGACCGUUACUCGAAAACGCCCGUGUUGAUCGACGGAGAGUUAGAGUUAUUGUGUAUGACGUAUUGGCGAUAUUUCAGUUCGGACUUGAUACAAUAUUGCGAAAAAACUCCUAGAAAAUUAUCCAAAAUGGUUUUAUGCGACAUUGUAAAAAAAUUGUUAAAGAGUAAAAGAAUAAAACCGACCAACACCUCUAAAAUACUUGAGAAAAUGAAAGACGUUUUUUUACCAAAAUUACUAUGCGCCGUUAAUAUCGGAGACUCGGACCACGUGACGAUCGGAUCGCUGUGUAUACUAAAGAUGUUGCUGACGACGUUUCUGACAAUGUAUAAAAUACCAAAAACCACGGUAUCGAUCAUCAACGGGAUAUUUAUGUAUUUAAAAGUGGAGCAUAUAUUAACGGGUAAUACGUUUAAUAAAGUGAUAAAAGCUCAAGACCUGGUAUUGUGGUGGUUUAUCGAAACUUGUAACUUUCAUGGAAUCGGUAUUUCAGCGAUUAACUUGCCGACCAGUAUUUUCGUAAAUAUAUUGAAAACCCCUACGUCCGAAAAAGCUGAUCAGAUAGCGGUGUUUAAUAAAUCUGACGUUUUUGAGAUUUUCAAACUAUAUUUUUCAAAGCCAUCUGACGUUAGUUUAGAAUUAUGCGUAUUAUUAAUGAAGUAA